GUUGUAGUCACGGCGGUACAGCAGCAGUAAGUCUCCAAAUGCUUGCCUCAGAGUUUUCGGGAAUCGAACCUAACGAAUAUCAGCGAGUGGGGUGGAAGAAUCGACAUCUUCUUGACGAAAAGAGAUAAGUGCUACGAGUGUUGGUGACACAAAAGGCAGAUGAGACAGGGUGCGCCUCCCAGCGGUCGAGAAUCGAGUCACCGCCUCAUAAGCUAUAGGGCUUUCCCCGAUUGCUGCCCGAAGUUUGCCGAGCGGUGUAAUUGUGCGCCGAUCCCACAGAACAGCCGCUAUCUGUACAUUAUUUGACGCGCGCACUCAUAAGCAAGUAUAAUAGUGGAGCGCGUGUGUAGGCGAGCGAGCUUCAACCCAACAGUGGGUGCCGCAGUAGGCUAGUGAGCGGUUGGGGCAACAGCAACAGCAUCCAUAACAACAAACCACCCCCGCGCCUCUCCGCGCAGCUAUCAUAUCCAUAUUUAUGCCGCUGCGCAAGCCAAUAGCAACAGAGCUCUGCGCCGAAUGGGAUUAUCAUAAUCGCCAGCCGCCAAUAUUGAUAAUCAUAAAUUGUGACCUGCGCACAGGGGCGGACAUGUGGAUAAAUUAGGGGAGAGUGGUGGUGGAGGAGGGGGAGAGACAGAAAGGGAGGUGGAAGAACACAAUUUUGAGCGAAGUUUGUCAUUUCGUUCGGUGCCAGCGAUCGUGGUGGACCAUACAGAUCAUUAAAGACAAAAAGGGCGUGAAGAGCAAGGAGGAGGUUCUGUGCAAGGACGGUGAUCAAGAACAUGUCACGCCGGAAACAAGCUCGUCCUCUCCGACACUUGGAGUCAGAAGACGGACUAGUCAGCUCUUUACCCAAUGGGGAAAGCUCCGGCUCUGGAUCAGAAGAGGAAGGCGAGGGUAGUGGUGGUGGGGACAGUGAGUCUGCCCGAAGACCGUCCAGAGACGAACAUAUGUGCGGCCAUUGUCAGGCCGAAUUCUUAGAUUUAUCGGAGUUUAUAGAACAUAGAAAGGACUGUGACCGCAAGGCUCUUGUGCUGGGGCUCACCGAAGAGCCUCCAUCGUCAGAUCCAGAGGAUAUGAUGGCGACUGGAGACGAGGAUGAAGAGGAUGGUGCAAGUAGAGAAGGCGGUAAACGCCUGGAGGAAGAGAGGCGGCAGAGGCAAGACGCGGAGAACAAUAACAGUGGCGAAGGUGAAACUGAGGGCGAGAACGACAUGCAAGAAAGUGACAUGCCUCUAGGUUUCCCUUUCCCACUGCCACCAGUCCCCGCUGCCGGUCAUGUGACGUUAGAGGCCCUCCAAAACACGAAGGUCGCAGUGGCCCAGUUUGCAGCCACGGCUAUGGCCAACAACGCAGAUAACACGGCGGCUCUUCAAGAGCUGGCGGUCCUGCAGAGCACGUUGUUCACACUGCAACACCAACAGGUCAUGCAGAUGUCACUCAUACAGCAGCUACAGCACCAACUGCAGAUCACGCGCUCUAAAGAGGGCAGUCCAGUGUCGCCUCCACCGCAGCUUCCUCCUGUACUACCUGUCCCUGCACAGCAGUCACCCCCUAAAUCCUCUAGACCUUCAACCCCUGUGAAGCAAGAUCCACCACCGCAACCACCGACGACUCAGUCGGUACCUGCAUCACACCCUCAGCAGCAACAGAAACAGUCAGCAUCACAACAGCAGCAACAACCUCAACUUCAGUCUCAACAACCGUCAGUGCAGCAACUGCCUUCUCACCUGCCCUCCACUACCCCGAAACCCCUAACUACGCCUAGACCUCCCACCACUUCUCCGCCAGUGCACGCAUCCCCGCUGCCGUUGUGCUCCAUCUCCUCGUCGCUCGCAGCGUCCAUCAUUACGAACCCUGAUCCUCCCCCUCUGAACGAACCCAAUACCCUGGAGAUGCUUCAGAGACGGGCCCAGGAGGUGCUGGAGAAUGCGAGUCAGGGUUUGCUGGCCAACAAUCUCGCGGACGAGCUGGCGUUCAGGAAGAGCGGAUGCAAAUCCAACUCCUUGUCGCCCUAUGACUCCAAGUCUGGAGGCCGGAAUGAGCCGUUCUUUAAACAUCGGUGCCGCUACUGCGGGAAGGUAUUCGGCAGCGAUUCGGCACUGCAGAUACAUAUCAGGUCGCAUACAGGUGAGCGCCCCUUUAAGUGCAAUGUGUGUGGGAGUCGGUUCACUACUAAAGGAAACCUCAAGGUUCACUUCCAGAGGCACACAGCCAAGUUUCCGCACAUAAAAAUGAAUCCCAACCCCGUGCCGGAGCAUCUAGACAAAUAUCACCCACCUCUCUUAGCCCAAAUGGGGUCACACCAAAGCAUAUCUCCGGGCAUACCACCACAUCCUCAUCAUCCUCCUCCUCCUCAUCCCUUUCAUGCUAGUACAAGUUUCCCGUCGACUGCUCUUCCUCUGUACAGGCCCCCACCACCUCAUGAUCUCAUACCACACCAUCUUCACCCGCCACCUCAUCGGCAGCCACAUGAACCUCCUCCUCCACCCCAACCACAUUCGAAACCUCUUCUGCCGCAUCCCGCAUUAUUUGGGCAGCGCAUGGAACAGGACGUGCCCGAGAACCUCAGCAAACCUCCUAGCCUACCCUCAUCACAUUCCUCACCACCGCCCGACCAGUACAAGAAAGAACCCCUGGGUGAUGAGGCAGAGGAACCUUCUGAACGGGAGCGACUUAACUCGGAGGAUGGUGGCGCGGAUCGGCUUAGUCCGAAGCAGGAACCAGUAACGGACCACGAACAUGAACUGGAAGCGGAUAUGGAGAUGGAACAUUACUCUUCCCCUCCCCCCUACGACGAUUGCAGUCUGGACAGCAAGUACAGCAACGAAGACAUGCUAAUGGGCGAUGCCGAUAGUCCCAUUAUCGAUAAGAAUGAGGAGAGUCUCCAGGAGCAGCCAGAGAAUUUGUCGAGUAAAAGUGCAACCGGUAGUGGACAGCUGAGUAUGUCAGUAGGUCAACGUCUCCCGCCUUCCAUUCCCUUUCCACACGCGGUAUCUCCACCUAGCAGCACAUCCUCAGGCAGCAUAAACACCCUCCACACUCCGAUCGGACCCAUUCCCCUCCCCAAUGACUUAGAUCCUGCGAAGGACCCGGCCAUUUACACGAAUCUACUUCCUCGACCGGGCAGUAACGACAACUCCUGGGAGAGUUUGAUCGAAGUAACUAAAACGUCAGAGACAUCAAAGUUGCAGCAACUAGUGGACAACAUUGAACAUAAGCUGACAGACCCAAACCAGUGCGUCAUCUGCCACCGAGUGUUGUCUUGUAAGAGUGCUCUACAGAUGCACUACCGCACCCACACUGGCGAGAGGCCCUUCAAGUGCAAGAUCUGUGGACGUGCCUUUACCACCAAAGGCAACCUCAAAACGCACAUGGGAGUUCACCGUGCAAAGCCGCCCAUGCGCGUAUUGCAUCAAUGCCCUGUGUGCCAUAAGAAAUUUACUAAUGCGUUAGUGUUACAGCAACACAUUCGCCUGCACACAGGCGAACCGACGGACCUCACGCCAGAGCAAAUCCAGGCGGCUGAGAUCAAGGAGUACCCUCCUCCGGCUGCAUUUCCGCUGCCCAACUCCAUGAGCCCAUUCCUAGCGCAGGGAUUUCCGCUUCCUGGAAUGUCGCCUCUCCCUCCACCGGGACUCCACCUGGGCCUGAAGCCGGACUUCGAGGAGAAGCGUGAUAGGGACCGAGACAAGGACAGGGAAUGCGAACGAGAAGAGAAAGAGGAUUUCAGCAACAAGGCCGAUUUUCUUGAUGACGACAAUACGAACAGCAGUGGUCUCCAACAGCUUCCCUCCUUCUCGACGUCUCUUGCUGCUCUGGAGAACCAGGUUCGAACCAUCACUACAAUGGCGUCUCAGUUGUCCGCCUCGGGACUCAGUAGGUCCGCCGAAGAACUCUGCAAUAACAACUCUACCGCGACAACGAACAAGACCUCCACUCCGACGCCGAUGAAUGGAGAAAAGUCGCCAGGACCUGGUGUGAGUCCCACUGAAUCUGAGAUCCGCGCCUCGCCGUCACCUCCACAGCCCCCGACCCCAAUUCAGAUCCCGAGGCCUCCUUCAUCGCAACAGCCCGAGAGUCCUGCAGCUUCCGAGUCGAAUUCACUAGGAGCCCUCGACCUGACGCCUCGAGCAUCCGGCCCGGGUCAAAUAACGCCGGCCGGCCUCAGUCCCGGCGUCUUCUCCGGUUUCGGCCUUCUUCCCCCUAGCUCCAUUUCCACGGGGUCUUCGCCACUCAUGACCUCGGCCCUCUCGUCGCUGACUUCAUCGGUCCUAACGUCUACAGCCUUCAGCCCCAUCGGAUUAGCGGUCGGACCCGCAGUACGGCCGGGCAACACAACUUGCAACAUCUGUUACAAGACGUUCGCCUGUAAUUCUGCACUGGAGAUCCAUUAUCGCAGCCACACCAAGGAGCGGCCAUUCAAGUGCACUGUCUGCGACCGCGGCUUUUCAACCAAGAGCAAUACCGAUGCACUCCAUGCCCACCAAAACCCUGAUUGUAUCUGUGACCACUGGGGUCAGUGGCGUAUCCAGCAGGGGGACCAUAGUGGAGGUCAUGGAGCCAAUGUCACUCCCCUCAAGCCUAAAAGACAGAGAAAGAGAAAUGAGGGAAAUAAGAAAAAUGGAUGCGGAAAGAAGUAUGCUGCAUGGCUGCCCCCUCUGCUAUGCAACCCUGGAUACGCCGCUGACUGGACCCCCUUAUUGGGCAAUAUGAAGCAGCAUAUGUUGACACACAAGAUUCGGGACAUGCCAUCACACCUCUUUGAGACCAGCAAACCACCUCCUCCUCCAGUAAGCACCCCAAAUAAUGAUGAAGGAAGUAAUACUGAAGAUAUGCGCACAUCUUCUUUGGAGUCACCUCUCAAGUCAGACCUUGGAAUGAAGAGGUCACCACCUGAAGGAGAAGCUGUCCUACCCAUUCCAAAACGUCAACCAGGCUUGCCAAAGCACUUGUGCCAUGUUUGCAAUAAGAACUUCUCAUCUUCAUCGGCACUGCAGAUACACAUGCGCACCCAUACGGGGGACAAGCCUUUCAGAUGUACAAUCUGUCAAAAAGCAUUCACCACUAAGGGCAACCUUAAGGUGCACAUGGGCACUCACAUGUGGAGCAACGGGGCCUCUCGCCGCGGCCGACGCAUGUCUCUCGAUCUGCCACCGAUACCCAUGACACCCAAGGAUUCAGAGUUUCUGCAACGGAGGCCAGAUCUUUUCUACCCAUAUCUUCCAGCCCCAUUCCUUAAUGGCAUGCAGCAGAAGCUGAAUGAGAUCUCAGUGAUCCAGAGUGUGAACAGCAACAACGGUACUGGUCUGAGUCCACCUGGUGGUAAAUAUGCCAGUUUGCUGGGAUUUGGAGGAUACAGUGGAUCUGACAGACCAAUUAUUUCAGAGCCUCCACAGUCUCAACCAAAUUCUCCGCUCUCUGACAAGCCUCUAUCAUCACCACCGCCAUUAUCAUUGUCACUGGGAAGUCACCAUGACUCCCCUCCAUUAUGUGAAUCAGGAGGAAAUGAUUGUCCAGAUCGGGAAGCUGUAUCCAGGAGAAUGUGGGACCUACAUUAUGAUAGAAAGGCAUCUGGUGGGGACAAUGAUGAGCCUGUAGGUACAUCUCCGUCUCCUCCUGGUCAUGCGACACCUCACCCACCCACAGCCUCGAGGGGAGAAGGACUGGCAGCAUGAGACUGUUCUGUGCCUCUGCACUGAAGGGGCACAAGAUAUAACAGCCAGUUAAAUACCAUGGUCUACAUAUCUCAUUAAUUAUUUAUUGAACUUGGACUGAUGUAUGCAUAUGAAUGCAGUUGGUGGCUUCUUGGUAUAACACAUCACUUGUCUGUGGUGCCGGCUGAAUCACUGUGGCUGCAAUGUUCCUAUUUUGAAACUAGUCUUUAUAUAUUAUUGAAGAAAUAAAAGAGACAAAAAGGAUAUGACAAAGAUAUUUGCUGACAGGAAGAAGUGUUAAAUAUUUGAUACAACAUUGACUGUUUCAGUAAGUGUAAUUACCAAAAAUAAUAACUUGUUUUAUACCAGCUCAAUAGCCAGUCUGGAAGAGCUGCCAAUGAAGGAUGUUAACUCUCUAGUGGCUCUGGAUCUCUUUUAAAUUUUGAAGGGGAAGUGCAGAUUAUAGAUGAGCUCAUUGAUUGAUGACCAGAAUUCAGAGAAAAUAUUAUUAAUAUUAUUAUUAUUACUAUUAUUAUUAUUAUUAUAUUAAAAUAUUAUACAUAAAAUAUGUGUGUAUGCGUGUGUGUGACAGGGUUGUUGCGUGGAAUGGGCCAAGUGAAUGUCAGGCUUCAACACUGUUUGUUUUUGGGCUGGGGCAAUCUGGGGACAGAGCAUGGCCCACGGUCCCCAUGACUAUGAUUCACUGUGAUACUACACCUGUAGGAGGGUUUUGUGUACACGUGUGCAAAAAUAUGGAACAUGUGUGUUGUCAAGUCAAUGAGAAUCAGAGGUAUGGUACUUAAAAUACCAAUCAACCCUCAUACUUACUUGUAUUGUCGGCCAAUUGUCAGGAAAUUAAAACUACCACUGAUUAACAAAACAUUUUAAAUGUUGUGAGAUGUGCAGAGUAAGAUAAGUACGAGUAUACUGAAUGGUUACAAUUUCCUUUGUGAAACCUGCAACCUAUACCUAUCUCCAAACAUUCUUGGGACUUCUUUCUUCUGAGAGUCACCCAGGUGGUAAUGGACAAUUCGAGCUGUAACUGUACAUUUGCUACUGUAUUUGGUGUUAUUCGAUUACAUACAAUUACUGUUCAGUGUAUGUUGCUCAGAACAGAGAUUAUUCAGUUUUUACUGUUGUUACCUGAAAACCCUUUCUUUUUUGUUGCUGUAUAUAGUGUAAAUGUAUAUGGUAGGCCCCUAUUGUUGAGGAGGUUUUAAGGCACUCUAUACAGAACUUUGGAGAUGUUUAAGGAAACACAGAAAGGCUUUCUAAGAAUAAUUAUUCUAUAUCAUAUGUGGAAUGACAUUGGAAGGCAGCAUGUUUAGCAGGAUAUAGUCAUCCAAGAUGUACAACCAUAUGAUGUGUAUAUAGAUAUGAAUUCACGGCAUCUUGCUUGAUAUUCCUGGCUAACUGCUAACCAAACAAAACUUCAGCAUUGCCGACAAUGUAGUGUAUUUGAUUGAUGUGAAAGCUUUAGACAACACUUGCCCAAAUCCUGUCUCAAAAGUACAAAAUCUUCAUCCGUUCAUUGUUUGUUGUGUUAUAACCUUGCUAUUGUGUCACCGUUCAUCACUUCCUAUUACAAAUUUGGCAGCUAUAUGAUGGGUUGGGUCAUCUCUCUGUAGUAUUUCACAUAAUGAAGUAUGAAUUUCAUGCGCUUACAUCAAAGCUACAGAAUUAAAUUUUGAGUAUAACAUUAUGCUGUAUUCCAUUAAAUUUUAUAUACUAUUGGUUUUCCAAAUGGUAUUAAUUAGUUCCUCAGUUUGAACAAAUCUGCUUCGAGUAACGUACAGCAAUUCUGUUUAACAAAACCCAUGCCUGGAUUUCUUUAAUACCAAGUACUUUGCAAAUUGAAAAAUGAUCUCAAAGCUACCUCAGACCACCUAAUAUGUAUCUUUCCUUCAAAAUAUCAUGUAAUUCAGGAAGGAAAAGACAGAUUUGGGGGAUGCUUACAAAAAAGUGGACCAAUUCCAACAGUGACGUUCAGUGUUAUAUCUGAAAAAUUAAGAUACUCUCCAUAUUUACAGCAACACAUGACUGAAAUUAUCUUUGGGCCUGUUCAACAUCAACACAGCAAAUGUAACCGAAUGGGUUGCAUAGUGGUAACACUCCUGACUCCUAUUUCAGAGGUCCUCAGUUCACAUCUCAGCUAGGACAUUGACUGCCCUGAUUGAGGGUUUUAUGAUUUCCUUCAAUCCCUCCACGCCAAUGUCAUGAUGGUAUCUCAAUUAGCUCAUGACCGCUUCCUUCCAAAUCAUAAUUCAUCUAUGAGGUGUAUAAGAAAGUUCCUGGACUAGGUCAAAAAAGAAAUGCUGGCUUAACUCGUUCAAUUUAGCUACCAUCUCCUU